GUGAGAUGGCGAUGGAGACUGAGGAAGACCAGGGCGAGGAGCACGCAGAGACGAAGACAAGCGACAAGACAAGCGUGUGAUGCUGAUGAUAGAUGAAGACAGUAGAGCCUCGGAUCGACAGAGCAGAUAGUAGAUGUUGACAGGAUCUGAAAGACUCGACACAAAGCGCAUUCCUCUGCCUCCUUGUUUGCGAUCUCAGGCAUUGAACAUUUGACAGACUGAGCCGAGAGGAUAGUGAUAGACAAGAGUUUGAGAGGCAGACAUGUUCAGAUGAUGAGGUGCUGCUGUGCUGAUGUUUUGCUGGAAGGCUCAUGUUAGAGCUGCAAGAUGGCGUCAUGUAUCGGAGCCGUGAACAAGUCUGAUGGAGAAACAAUUGAAGUUGCAGCCGCUGCCAGCUUCAGUGUCGACUUGAGUUCAAGUGCGCAAAAGCGAGCAGAGGUCACGAUCAGGGCGUGUUCGAACCUGGCGAGGACAGCAGCUCAACGGGGAAACUUUCAGAAUGCGAGGAGUUUUUGUUGCUUCGCUUCUUCUAUUCUUGAUGAACUGAUGGAUGAAUCUCGACGUGACCUCCGGUCACCAGACAGACAUGAACAAUCAGGUCCAUACGUCGAAGGCAUUGUUUGCAGCCCAUCCUUGCAUGACGGCACAUUAGAGGCUAGCAGAGUUACCAACACGUGGGUUGCGCUUCUUGUGUUGACUCCCCUCCUCAUGUUCUAGAAGGUCCAGUGAAGAAUUCUCUGAGUGCAAGGAGAGGAAGGUCGAUGACUCGAGACUGAGCCUGGCUGAAACGAGGCAAGUGGAACCGGCGAAGCUGAUUGAGGACCCAGGAAAUCUCAACGAUGGGGCCAGGAAAGAUCGGAACGAGAGGGCAAGACGUGAUGGAAGAAACUUCAAAGGAGCUCGCGAUCAGAGGGUGAUGUUGCAAGUGAGGAUGUGGGUGAAGGAAGACGAAGCUAGUUCACCUCGCAAACAGCAUGCAGCAGCUGCAGCGAGCGACGAGAGCAGAUGCGAGGACGAGGAGGCGAACGCCAUGAGCUAUCGGGCUAUCCAUCAGACGGCGUCGAAGAUCUGCGAGGACUUAAACUUUGAGUCAUUGUUACUGAAGACGAAGCAAGAGGCCUCGUCGAGGAUUCAACGAGCUGUGAGAGUGUAUUGCUCUCGCAAGAUUUGCUCGAGGAGGAAGAGUGCGGCGAUCCUCGGGAGUCACGUCAAGACUUGGUUGCUCAUGUCUGACUGGACGGUCAGGAGAGGAGCUGCCCACUGCUUGCUAGCGGGUGUGAAGAGAUUUUUUAGGGAGAGGAGCUUCAGGGCUAUACAGCUGGAACGCGAGUCAAGCGUGAUCGUGAUACGGGAACGCAUCAUAGCACGGGUGAUGCAGGACAGGUACCAGAGACUGCAAUGUCGGCAGCAACUCGCGAUUCAGAAACUGAGAGGGAGAUUGCGAUGUAACAAGUGCCGGAGGAUUUAUCAAGAGAUCCUUGCAUACAGGAGGAGAGCAGGGGAGAUCCUUCAAGCAGCGGCCCUGAGGUUGUCAGCGCAGAGGGACUUCCCCUAUCUCAAGAUGGACAUGCGCUCCGGUGAAAGUUUCUCAUCCAAGAUCAACAACAUCCUCACCGGGCUCAGUGCGUGCGAGGACAAAUUGUACUCGAUGAGAUGGAGGGCGGGCGAGGGAGCGACAAGUGUGAAGGAAGGUUGCGUCAUCAUCCAACGAGUCUGGCGGGGCCACCGGACAAGGAUGAAGAUCCGUCGCUGCUUCCAGACACUUGCUGCCAUCAGAGUCCAACGGGUGUACCGGGGACAUGCAGCAAGAGCGAGGCUGCGGAAAGCGCUCGGCCUCUGACAGGGUCCGACGGUCUAGCACUGGCAGUGCACAACGCCAGACUGUGUUGGGCCCCAGAUCCUCCUGGUGAUCUUAGUGCUGGAAUGAAAGCCUGCCUCAGUCCG